AUGCUGCAAACAUGGAGACGUCAAUGGACCCGUACGACUGGAACUUACCGUCUGGCUGUAGCCCAAAGACAUAAUCAAUGUGCACUUGUUGGUACAUCUUCAGCUACAAUUGCUGCACCUCAAGCUCGAAAAAAAAACGUUAGUGACUUUCGUGUCGGUGUCUUGGGGUUGGGAGCUAUUGGGACCAUCUUCUUCACUCGAUUGGGGCGAUUGGCUACGGUUUCCGAGACUAGGAAGGAGCUGCCGAUACUUUCUGUCGAUGCGCUGAUAAAAGUCGAGCAAUUCAAUACGUGGGUGAAGAAGAAGAAGACGGCGACGAUGCAGUUAGUUCAUGAUGGACAGGAGACCGAGACGCUGGAAUUUCAGGUGCUCACUACUGCCGACAAAGUAGCAACGGCUUGCAAUGCGUCAAACGUUCGGGUUUGUGCGCUUGGAGGAAGUACAGGAGAACCCCACGAUGGUCACAAGCUGGAUGUCUUGUUGGUCACAGUGAAAGCACACGAUAGUGUUGGUGCAAUCCAAUCACUUCGAGAGAGGCAUCGACAUUUGUUAAAAAAUGAUGCUCUGUGUGUAUUGCUACAGAACGGACUGGGAGAAGUGCCGACAGAGGAGAAUAGGGAGAGAAUCGAUAAUCGGUGGCAAAUUGUUAGUGGCGUGACGUUUGUUGGUGGACGAGUGCUGGAAUUUGCUAAGGUGAAGACAAGUGGACUGGAAGCUGGGAAGACGUACGUCGCACCGCUUCAUAGACAUGGAGCGGAGACGGGACUGAGUGGACUAGAGGACACAAUGACCAUGCCAAGAGAACGUGAUGAUGUCAAGAUGCAGAUGCUUGUCGACGUCCUUGUUGCUGCAGGCAUUCAUUGCAAAGUACUGGGAAGCAACGAGAUGCAAGCUAUGCUCUGGCACAAGCUAAUCAUAAACGCGGCAAUCAAUCCUCUUGCGUCUCUGUUGAACGCACCGAACCGGAGUGUGGCAAGCAGCGAAAGCAGUCGACGUUGUGUCCAUUUAGUGGUGCAAGAGGCGCUUGCAGUCGCACAGUGCGAGCAAAUUCUGUUGAAUCGCUCUCAGAAUGAACUCGUGGAUGAUGUCUUAGAGGUGGCCCGCACUACUGGAUCGAACGUGUGUUCCAUGCUGGCAGAUCUGCGUCGCGGCUCCAGCAGAACGGAGAUCGAUGCAAUGACCGGACAAAUUGUUGCGGGUGGGAAGCGGCAUGGCAUCCCCACACCGACAAAUGAGUUGUUGCUGUUGCUGAUCAAGGCUCUUGAGGAGGAACGUGAAGUAAGGCAAUCUCGGUAA